UAUCUGAGAGGGACAACAACUUGUGAGAUAUUACAGGAUGGUUAAACCAUGACUAUGUCUACGGAGUUGACCGCAGCCUGUGCGGACGAAUGCGAUCAACCGGCCGAUUUGACCGUGUCUAGAAGAUCGGAGGGUAAACAGGCGCCUGUGCAUCCACCCUCCUUCUUAAUUUGCGACAUUAUCGACAGUGAAAAGUCAAACAGAAGCGUUAACGAUGCCGAUAAAUCGCCUUCUGUCAGCGAAGAUCAAGAAAAGUCUCAGUUUGCAGCUUCCGAAGUUGAGAAUAUCGAACAGUCGAGCCGAUCCGAGAGUCCCUCCCUAAAAUGUAAAAAGCCGAGGAAAGCCAGAACAGCUUUUACGGAUCAUCAAUUAAAAACACUAGAAAAGAGUUUCGAACGUCAAAAGUAUCUGAGUGUUCAGGAUAGGAUGGAAUUAGCGGCCAAACUUAAUCUUACCGAUACUCAAGUGAAAACAUGGUACCAAAAUAGAAGGACAAAAUGGAAACGACAAGCUAUGAUGGGCCUUGAAGUGUUUCCAGGAGAUAAUGUGGGUCUCGUGCGAUUUCCUAGACUCUGGGGUCCUGGACCCUCUCCGUACUGGCCAUACAGUUAUAGUAAUUAUUUAUCUACAAUCUCUUCGUUAUCUGGACUUAAUUCGGCAGGUGCAUCUUCCAGCACAAGUUCGUCUUCGUUAGAUAUGUACCCUAGGAGUGGUGGUUCGAACGGUCCCGUGCUUCCUAGAGCAGUUUAUCCUGGACAAAUACCAUAUUCCUCAAUUUCAUCUUUCUAUCAAGGACAGGCAACACAGUAAAAAUGUUCCUAAAGUUGUUAUCCAUCCUGAAAAAAAUCCUUUUAGAAGAAACGAAGAAAAAUUACAACAAGGAUCCGUCCUGCUGGUAGAUUAAAAAGAAUCAUCACAGUGUCCAAAGAUGUAAAGAAAAAUGAAUCUAUGUAUGAAAAAUUUGAAAAUAUUUGAGCCAUAAUGAUAAUAGCACGAAACUAUUUUUCAAAAAUUAAUGUUGUGACGUUAGAUCGAUGACACGAAAACGCCUCUUAAAGGUGUUUUAAAGGUACACAAGAUGGUUUUCGUGCUAAACUCUUAUGUGCCAUGAAGUGUACCGAAUCGUAUUUAUAACGACAUCAUCAGUACUUUAAGCUUAUUAAGCGGUACAAAAAUACAGUUUUAAUGGACAAAAUAAGCAAAAAUAUUCUUUAAAAAAUUAAUUUUAAUUUUUUUUUAAAUUGCACCAAAUUAUACCGCCUCAAACGAUAAAUACGAUUAAAUUAAUCAUCAUUCAAGAGGCCUAAACGAUCCGAAUAGUUUGAGCCAGCGAACAAACAAACAAAAAAUUAAUUAGUUUGUAUAUAAUUUAUG